UGCGGCCUGGGAGCCGCCACUGGGCUGAGUCCCCUCCCGGGAACCCCCUCCCUUGGAUGCUCUUUGAAGUGGGAGAGGGAGGCGGCCUGGAGGCGGGGCCAGAGGGAGGCCGAGCCCCCGCUCCGCGAGGCCCUCCCCGCACAGCACACCUGGCUGCCCGGGUCCCUGUCUGUGGCGUCUGCCUGCCAGCUCUCACCCCUUUCUCUGGGAGGACAACCUGCUGACCCCAGGCCAGGAUGGACGGUGGACAGUGGCAUUCGUACUGGGCCUGGUGCCUGCUGGCCCUGGCAGUUGUGGCUGGGGGUGCAGCGUCCACUGAAGCCUCGGACAACAGCCUGGAGGGGGGUGCCGAUGCCACCACUUACUGGUGGGGGGAGUGGACCAAGUGGACGGCGUGCUCCCGCAGCUGCGGGGGUGGGGUGAUGUCCCAGGAGCGGCACUGCCUGCAGCAGAGGAGGAAGUCUGUCCCAGGUGCUGGCAACAGGACCUGCACGGGCACAUCCAGGCGACACCAGCUCUGCAGAGUGCAGGAGUGUCCACCAGACGGGAGGAGCUUCCGAGAGGAGCAGUGCGUCUCCUUCAACUCCCGAGUGUUCGACGGGCGGGCAUACCAGUGGAAGCCCCUGUACCCCGAUGACUACGUCCACAUCUCCAGCAAGCCGUGCGACCUGCACUGCACCACUGUGGACGGCCAGCGGCAGCUCAUGGUCCCCGCCCGGGAUGGCACGUCCUGCAAGCUCACCGACCUGCGAGGGGUUUGCGUGUCUGGAAAAUGUGAGGUUGUUAAACAUUGUAGCAAACCCAUCGGCUGUGACGGGGUGCUCUUCUCCACCCACACGCUGGAUAAGUGUGGCGUCUGCCAGGGUGACGGGAGCAGCUGCACUCACGUGACGGGCAACUACCGCAAGGGCAACGCCCACCUUGGUUACUCUCUGGUGACGCACAUCCCUGCUGGCGCCCGGGAUAUCCAGAUUGUGGAGAGGAAGAAGUCGGCCGACGUGCUGGCUCUUGCGGAUGAAGCUGGCUUCUACUUCUUUAACGGCAACUACAAGGUGGACAGCCCCAAGAACUUCAACAUCGCGGGCACCGUGGUCAAGUACCGGCGGCCCAUGGAUGUCUAUGAGACCGGCAUCGAGUACAUUGUGGCUCAGGGGCCCACCAACCAGGGUCUGAAUGUCAUGGUGUGGAAUCAGAACGGCAAGAGCCCCUCCAUCACCUUCGAGUACACGCUGCUGCAGCCGCACGCGCACAGCCUGCAGCGGCCCCUCUACUUCACCUUCCCCGAGCCCGCCUCGGCCAGCGCAGAGAGCCAGGAGCUGGGCGCCGGGCUGCUGGGCUUCAUGCGACACAACGGCUCACUCUACGGCCAGGCCUCCUCGGAGCGGCUGGGCCUGGACAACCGGCUGUUCAGUGCCACGGGCCCAGAGAUGGAGCUGGGCCUGCGCCGGGGCCAGGAGACCAACGAGGUGUGCGAGCCGGCCAGCGGCGGGGCCUGCGAGGGGCCCCCGAGGGGCAAGGGCUUCCAAGACCAUAACGCCACAGGGACAGCUCUCUUGGGCGACAACGAUGACCCAGAGGUGGACACCCAUUUUACUCCCCGGGAGUUCCUCUCUGCCAAUGCCAUCUCCGACCAGCUCCUGGGCACAGGCUCUGACUCUAAGGAGUUUGCCCUCAAUGAGACCAUGAACAGCAUCUUUGCCCAGGGCGGCCCCCGGAGCCCUGCUGCUGACAGCCUCUAUGUGGACUAUGAGGAGAACGAGGGGGCUGCUCCCUUCCUGGUCAAUGGGUCCUACUUGGAGCUGAGCAGUGACAGGCUCUCCAACACCUCCUCGGAGGCCCCGUUCCCCAACGCCAGUGCCAGCCUCCCCGCCAUGGCCGGGAACAGGACCCACAAGGCUAGGACCAGGCCCAAGGCGCGCAAGCAAGGCGUGAGUCCGGCUGACAUGUACCGCUGGAAGCUCUCCUCCCACGAGCCCUGCAGUGCCACCUGCACCACAGGGGUCAUGUCGACUUACGCCAUGUGCGUCCGCUACGACGGGGUGGAGGUAGAUGACAGCUACUGUGACGCCCUGACCCGACCCGAGCCUGUCCACGAGUUCUGCGCGGGGAGGGAGUGCCAGCCCAGGUGGGAGACCAGCAGCUGGAGCGAGUGCUCGCGCACCUGUGGUGAGGGCUACCAGUUCCGCAUCGUGCGCUGCUGGAAGAUGCUGUCCCCUGGCUUCGACAGCUCCGUGUACAGCGACCUGUGUGAGGCCGCAGAGGCCGUGCGGCCUGAGGAGCGCAAGACGUGCCGCAACCCGGCCUGCGGGCCGCAGUGGGAGAUGUCCGAGUGGUCCGAGUGCCCGGCCAAGUGUGGGGAGCGCAGUGUGGUGACCAGGGACAUCCGCUGCUCCGAGGACGAGAAGCUGUGUGACCCCAGCACUCGGCCUGUGGGGGAGAAGAACUGCACGGGGCCCCCCUGCGACCGCCAGUGGACUGUCUCGGACUGGGGACCGUGUAGUGGAAGCUGUGGGCAGGGCCGCACAAUCAGGCACGUGUACUGUAAGACCAGUGACGGACGGGUGGUCCCCGAAUCUCAGUGCCAGAUGGAGACCAAGCCCCUGGCCAUCCACCCCUGUGGGGACAAGAACUGCCCGGCACACUGGCUGGCCCAGGACUGGGAGCGGUGCAACACCACCUGUGGGCGUGGUGUGAAGAGGCGGCUGGUCCUCUGCAUGGAGCUGGCCAAUGGGAAGCCGCAGACGCGUAGCGGCCCCGAGUGCGGGCUGGCCAGGAAGCCCCCCGAGGAGAGCACCUGCUUUGAGAGGCCUUGCUUCAAGUGGUACACCAGCCCCUGGUCAGAGUGCACCAAGACCUGCGGGGUGGGCGUGAGGAUGCGGGACGUGAAGUGCUACCAGGGGACCGACAUCGUCCGCGGAUGUGACCCUCUGGUGAAGCCCGUGGGCAGGCAAGCCUGUGACCUUCAGCCCUGCCCCACAGAGCCCCCAGAUGACAGCUGCCAGGACCAGCCGGGCACCAACUGCGCUCUGGCCAUCAGGGUGAACCUCUGCGGCCACUGGUACUACAGCAAGGCCUGCUGCCGCUCCUGCCGGACUCCCACUCCCAGGCCUGGCCCUGCAGCCCCUUGAGACUCGGGUGCCCGCCCUGAGCUUAUUUGGCUCUGGGGCCCCUCCCUGGACACUCGUCCUGUAGGCCCCCGGGUGUGAAGGCCUGAGGCGGAGCCUCGGCUGAUCCUCAGCAGAUUUCCAUGGCCUGUGGAUCGAUGCUCUGCCCAGCCCUGGGACAGCCUCCAGCACCCAGCAACCCCUCCCCAGAGUUGCCCCAGCUGUGGGGGCUGUACCUGGAGCCAGAGGGUCCUGUGUUGGUGGCUGCCACCUCCACCCCCAGCAGCCCCAGAAACAUGGGGCCCAGAGUCCAAAGCCCAGCAUGGAGGUGAGACCUGCCCUUGGCCCAGGUUCUGCUCUGUAGAGGUGCAGCCAUUCCAAGGUGACUUGCCAGGGCAGCCAGGGGACACAGACCAUCAGUCCCUGGAGGUACUGAGGCAUGCUCCUUCCAGGGGACCCCAUCCCACGACCUAGUGUCAGCUCCACCUGCCCUGCAGGAGCUGUGCUCAGAGGGGCAUGCACUUUAUGCCCCUGAAGAGGCCCUUUCUCAUGGUGCACUGGGCACGGACAGCCGGGUGUCCUGUAUCCUUGUCAGUACUCAUCGGCGUAUGUUAAUAAAGUGACCGUAUUUAUGGUGGCA